AUGUCCGACUCGCCGCGCGGUGUCGAGCACGCCGACUCGAUAGAUUCUCACGACUCGUCGCCCAAGCCGCCCGAGAAGCAAAAGAGCCGCAGACCCCCAAAUACUGCUUUCCGGCAGCAGCGCUUGAAAGCGUGGCAACCGAUUCUGACGCCAAAGACCGUCCUGCCGCUCUUCUUCACGAUUGGCAUCAUCUUCGCCCCCAUCGGCGGCCUGCUCCUCUAUGCCAGCUCUCAGGUCCAAGAAAUCCAGCUAGACUACACCGAUUGCUUGUCAAAGGGUGGCGACUUCAACAAGACCGAGUUCAAUGUCAUGCCCGACGGCGCCGUCAACGCGGCCUUCCGGAACAAGACCGGCUCCGUCCAGGCCAAGUGGGCUGCCGAGAAGAACGUCCAAAUCACCUUGUACAACGGCGUCGCGGUGACGGGCGACCGCUGCCACUUGCAGUUCACGAUUCCCGACAGCAUGAGCCCGCCCGUUCUCUUCUACUACCACCUCACCAACUUUUACCAGAACCACCGCCGAUAUGCCGAGUCGUGCGAUCUUCACCAGCUAAAAGGCGACGCCCGCUCGUACGGCGAAAUCGCGGGAUCCAAGUGCACGCCGCUGUACGGCGAGGAUAGAGAUGGCGUCAAGAAACCGUACUACCCUUGCGGUCUGAUUGCCAACUCCAUGUUCAACGACUCCUUCGGCAACCCCAUGUGGAUGAAUGCCCCCGGCGCCGACUCGGCCAAGCCGUACAACAUGUCCACCUCGGGCAUUGCCUGGGACAGCGACAAGGAUCUCUACGGCCCUACCAAGUACAACGUCUCCCAAAUCAUCCCCCCGCCCAACUGGGCCAGGGCCUAUCCCAACGGCUACACCAACGAAAACAAGCCGCCGAAUCUGAGGGAGUGGGAGGCUUUCCAGGUCUGGAUGCGCACCGCCGGCCUGCCCUCCUUCACCAAGCUGUACAAGCGAAACGACGACAAGGCCAUGGACGCCGGGACCUACCAGAUUGCCAUUGACGACUUUUUCCCGGCGGACAAGUACGACGGCACCAAGUCUGUUCUCAUCACAACCCGUACUGUAAUGGGAGGCCGCAACAACUUCCUCGGCAUUGCCUAUAUCGCGGUUGGCGGCUUAUGCCUUGUGCUUGGGGCAGUCUUCACCGCCACGCACCUCAUUCGACCUCGAAAACUCGGCGACCAUACUUAUCUGUCCUGGAACAAGGCGCCUGCUCCCAAGCCCUCGGGGCCAAGCACCGCCAUGGCCAGCGGCCGUGAACUACGCCCCGGCGACUCCUAG